UCCGGAAGGACCCGGCCGAGUCCUGGCUUCGGCUGGUUGGGAUAGCUGGUGGGAUACGCCCUCGUCUCGCCCCUCAGUCCGCCCCUUUUCUUUUUAAACAAAAAAUUUCCCGUUGUAGUACAAAAUAAACAGACACUGUGGUGUGCUGGUUCCGGAAGGCCUUCGAGUUUCAGUGAUUUAGGGAGACGUGAACGGAAAGGAAAACCGGAACCAUUUCUUCGCGGAACCAUUGAGAUGAGGCCUCGGGGAAACAUUUGAGGAGAGGACCACGGCGGCCCGGGACCGGACUGGCAGGUAUGGCGGCGGUGGAGCCAGACGCGGAAUCAAAGGCCGCCAUCCCCGUGGACCUACGGCGGGAACGGCGACUGGUGUGCGUGGAGUACCCAGGCGUGGUGCGUAACGAGGUCAAGAUGCUACAGACUCUGGGCGGCGAGGAAGGCGUCUCUCGAAUCUACACUGACCCUUCCAAGAGGCUUGAGCUCUACUUCCGGCCCAAGGACCCAUACUGCCACCCUGUGUGCGCUAACCGUUUCAGUACCAGCAGCAUGCUGCUCCGGAUCAGGAAAAGGACCAGACGGCGGAGAGCUGCCCCAGGGACCGAGACCCAACCCCAGGUCACAUUUGACUUGGAAAUCCUUGGCAUCAUCUCCACAAUUUAUAAAUUCCAGGGAAUGUCUGACUUUCAGUACUUGGCAGUGCACACGGAAGCGGGUGGCAAGCAUGUGUCCAUGUAUGACAGAGUGCUCAUGCGCAAACCUGAGAAGGAGGAGUUCUUCCACCAGGAGCUGCCCCUUUACAUUCCCCCACCCAUCUUCUCCCGGCUCGACACCCCAGUGGACUAUUUCUAUCGCCCUGAGACACAGCACCGGGAAGGCUAUCACAAUCCCUCCAUCUCAGGCGAGAACCUGAUUGGAUUGAGUAGAGCCCGACGCCCCCAUAACGCCAUCUUUGUCAACUUUGAGGACCCUGAGGUACCUCUACAGCCCUUGGAGGCUGCAGUACAGACGUGGAAGAAGGCCUGCACCAACCCCAUAGAUCAGAAAGUGGAGGAAGAGCUGAGGCAGCUCUUUGACGUUCGUCCAAUCUGGUCACGAAAUGCUGUCAAGUCUAACGUCAGUGUCCACCCUGACAAGCUCAAGAUCUUACUUCCCUACAUGGCUUAUUACAUGAUAACAGGUCCAUGGAGAAGCUUGUGGAUUCGUUUUGGCUAUGACCCUCGAAAACACCCAGAUGCCAAAAUUUAUCAAGUGCUUGACUUUCGAAUCCGCUGUGGAAUGAAAUACGGUUAUGGUUCCAGGGAUAUGCCUGUCAAAGCGAAGCGCAGCACAUACAACUAUAGCCUCCCCAUCACUGUCAAGAAGACAUCCAACCAGCUUGUUAACAUACGUGACCUAAAGCAGGGCCUGGGCCCAUCAGGAACAGACGGCCCACUGAAAUUGACCUACAAUAAGUACAAGCUCAAGGAUUCGGUCUACAUCUUCCGGGAAGGGGCUCUGCCACCCUAUCGACAGAUGUUCUACCAGCUGUGUGAUUUGAAUGUGGAGGAAUUGCAGAAAAUUGUUCACCGCAAUGAUGGGACAGAGAGUGUGUGCACGGAGAGAGAUGGAUGGUGCCUUCCCAAGACCACAGACCACCUGAGGGACACCAUGUCACUCAUGAUUCUGCAGACCAUCCGCUCUGAGAGGCCUGCUCUCUUCUCCGACACAGGUAAGGCAGAUCGAGGGAAAGGGCAGCUGAUGUUCGAGUCUGGAGAGGAGGGCGAGGAGGAAGAGGAAGAGGAGGAAGAGGAGGAUUUCAAGCCCUCGGAUGGGAGUGAAAAUGAGAUGGAGACAGAGAUUCUGGAUUAUGUGUGACAGCGCUGGCCCCAGGCAGCCAGGACAUGCUGGUGUACCGUGAUGGGACAGUUGGGAUAGGCCUGUGCCCCCAUCCGGGGUGGGGAGAUGAGGACACUGGGCAACCUCAGACCAGGCUCAGCCUGACUUCGCCAAAUGGACCAGCUCUUCAGUUCCCUGGAAACACCCUCUUGUCUCACAGCUUCCUUUUGUGAAACCAGAGCCUGUCAUGUCCCUGCCAAGCUGGCCUCCCUGGAAGGUUCUCCCAUGCAUGGCCUCCCAAGCCCCUGGGCAGCAACACCACUUCCUGAAGGUUGCUGAGUGAGAGAUGGGCCAUUGCCUUGUUUCUCUGUGCGGCCUCCGCCCCUUGAACCGUGCGGCCUGGCACACAUAGUCAAGUCACAGCAAUUCCAAAGCCAGAUGCCUUGAGCCAGCCCACCCUCCUGACAAGAUUGAGGACCCAUUGUUUCAUUUGGCCCAAGUGGACACCCCUGGGAACUUCCCAGCCUUUCAGGGAAGCAACUGGACCCUUGUCCUCUGAUGACCCUGCUCCCUGCUGCUUCAAAGAAAGCUCAGCCCGGAGGCAGGAAGUAAUUCUUCCCUAAAGAGUGCCUGGCCCCACAGGACUUCUCUCACAGACGCUGCCAGGACACCUCAGCCAGGAGCAUUCCCACUUUCGAGCUGCUGCCCAACCUGGUCUUUGGGGAGGUCUAUCUAGGUUCUGGUCCCAUCACCCAAGAAUACCUUGACUGUAGAUCUGAGGAAGGUUCUGAGGAAGGGACCCCAUGCCCUCUGAAGGCCUUACCUACACAGAGCCCAGGGCAGUAGCAGUCUUGCCUUAGGUUGGCCAAGCUAGGACUUCCUGAGCACUAGCCACGCCUAGCAAAGGGUGGUGAUUCUUCUCCUGAAUUCCCAUGUAAAUAAAAGUGUUUUCAGUAUGAAAAUAUAAAA